UGUACACAGUGUCGGGCUCCAGCAGUAGUAAAGUCUGCCGCGGCUCUGCCUCCUUUUCACAACGAGCCUCGUCCGCCGGAAAGUUGACGAGCGAAGUGCUCGGAAAUGCGGUGAGACGGACCCGCUUCGUGGAACUCGCCGUGGUUUGGAGGCGACGAGGAGCCGAGGCGCGCAAUUUCUCAUUCUCCAGGAUGUGUGUUUUCGGAAGGAAACGAGCGAGAGACGCGAGUGGAAGCGCUUCAUCCGAACCUGAUGCCUCCGUAGGUUUGUCACCGAGCCAAGUCCGUACGUUUCUGUCGACCUGUUGAGUGCUUGACCUGUGUCAGAGCCCAGCGAUGUGGAUGUGCAUGGUUUACAAUGAGACGGACACCAGCGUGGACUUCCGCCUCUGCCAGGACUUUGGCCUCAUCCUGUCAGUCUUCUCCCUCAUCUACCUCCUGGUGUGCUUUCCACUGGGGCUGUGCUACAAUGUGCUGCUGGUCGUGGUCAACCUCUCCAACAAGGUGUCAAUGACUAUGCCAGAUGUGUAUUUCGUCAACAUGGCCAUCGCGGGCAUCGUGCUCAACCUGGUGGCGCCCGUGGAGCUGCUGAGCUCCACCUUCACCCGCUGGCACAUAUGGGAGUACAACAACGAGGUCUACAUCACCCUGCUCAUCCUCUUCAACAUCUCGUCACUGGUAAUCAUGUAUUCCACCACGCUGCUCAGUCUGGACUACUAUAUAGAGCGAGCGCUGCCUCGCACGUACAUGUCCAGUGUGUAUAACACUAAACAUGUGUGUGGGUUCAUCUGGGGCGGUGCAGUGCUCACCAGCUUCUCUUCGCUGCUCUUUUACGUGUGCAACCACAUCUCCACCAAGAUGGUUGAGUGCUCGAAAAUGCAGAACAAGGAGGCGGCAGACGCCAUCAUGAUGUUCAUCGGCUACGUGGUUCCGGCUGUGGCCGUCCUCUAUGCCUUUGUGCUCAUUUUGCGCAUUAGAAAAGAGACAACGCCUCUGGAUCAGGACUCCGCUCGCUUGGACCCUUCUAUCCACAGGCUGCUGCUAGCCUCAGUCUGUGUGCAGUUUGUACUGUGGACCCCAUACUACAUGACCCUGUUGGUACACACUGUAGCUGGUGCGCCGGGGUAUGUUAGCAAUGCACACUACUUACCUACCUAUUACUUCUUGAGAUGUGUGUCUAAACUGCUGGCAUUCUCAAGCAGUUUUGCGAUGCCUCUCAUGUACAGGCAGAUGAACAAAAACUUUUCCAACAAGCUCCAGCGGCUGCUCAGGAGGCUGCACUGUGGAGGCCGCUCUUGCCCUCACGAACGCUCAAACGUGCAGCAAGUGGUGACGUGAGGUCACCCACUGGGAGAUCAUUGACGCACCCUCCCAAUCCCCUCCCACUUCCACCUCAUGGCCUAGCCGGCACUUAACCCCCACCUGCCCCUACAGAGCCAGUAUCUGACUGCUCUCCCUCGCUGCUCUGGACUGUGUUAAGAGCGACCUAGCUGACUGUGGGAUUUCCUGUCACCUUCCAAAACUUGAUCUGAUAUAUAUCCUCCUCUGCAGUGAGAGGACAAACCAAGCAAAAAACCACUAAGUGCUGUUAUUUCUUGUCACAGAGCGAAGCUCUCCACUAAGAUAUUCUAGCUUCUAGUUUCAGGGCAGUAAAUUUGGCAGAAUCAGCCAAUAACGCUGGCAAAGUAUCCUGUUAGCAAGGGACUCCCAAUCACUAUACCUCUGCACUGGGUGUUUCUUUGUGUUAAGUUGUUUUCCUGCUGACAGCGUGCAAGUGUGGCUAAUGCAUGACAGCCUGAAUUUCACUGUUAAGUGACAAUAUGCUAUCAGAUACAAUAUAUUUUUAAAUGUCUUUAGUGUUUCCCUCCAGCAUGAAGCUACCACCACCCCCCCACACACACAAGCAGAAGCAGUAAAGCUAUAAACUUAAAUUAUGAAGUGACGCCAAAUUUGGUUUCUGAAGAGAAAACUCUGCAUUGACGGAUGGCGGCUGGUAUAUCAGCAACUCACCCCAGCUAAUGAACUUGUGUUGUGUGUCAACAUUGCAAAGCAACGCUCGGCGCUGCCGGUGAAGAGCUCUGUCUACUGCCCUGAAGCUACAGGCCUUGAUCACUUGAAUGAAAAGACAGUUCUACCUUUGCAGAGCUGAAUUUUCCUUUUUACUUAAAUGCGUGGAGAGUGAUUCCUCAUUAUCAGUGCAAAUGCUCUUUACGUUUCAAAGGUGAAGUACAAUUGUUCAUGGACUCUUCAAGAUAUUGUAUCUUCUUUAUUGAUACCAGCACUACCCUGUAGCUAUAAGUAGGCGCUGGUUUGAAGACAUGUUCUCAUUUAUUUUUUUUUAUAGAUUUGAGUUCUGAGGUUUUGAUCCACUCACAGGCAUAGAGAGAUUAUUAUUGUAUAUGUGAAGCUCCACGUUAUGAAAUAAAUAGUGUACACACCCACACCACUUUGAAGCAACACAUGAAAUGCUCAUAUAAAGCUUGUAUUCAGGUUUCAGACAUAACCGGUAUACCUCUCUGCUGAAAUCACAUCACCUGUUAACCACACGCAGUUCAAAUCAACUCAUUUAAAAAAAAGAAAUCCACUCAUUAAUCCGAGCGGAGAGCCUCAGCUCAGUGUGUGAUUUGUUGAGAUGUGUUUCGCAUCUGCUGGAGUUACGCAUGCGGUGUCACAUUGGGUCAGUCAAGUCCGCACGGGGUCACAGAGAAGACCCCGAGGAGGAGGUGGAAUGUACAUUCCCAAAAUCGCAUGCCCACUUAUGAGUGGUUGGGAGGUUUUGUCCAGGUGGAAAUGUGUAGCCUGCUUGGGUCGCUCCAAAGGCACCAUCAAAAGAAAACAACAACCUUCACUUAAGUAUGAAUGACUCACCUGCCAAGCACCUGCCAACAGCGUGUAUGACACAGAAGUAGAGUUUGAUCUGUAAAUGCUGCUCAGAUGCAUCAAGGUUAUCUGCACGUUUUUUUGGCAAAAAAAAAAAGAACAAUAAAAUGUUGUUCUUGCAUUAUGAGGUCUGCGCAUUUAGUUAAUUUUUUAUUUGGUUUCUGAAUGAAAGGGCCAGUUUAUGAGUCAUCCUGUGAACAGAUACACCAGCGAUGUGGGGCUUAAGGUUAAGACACUGGUAAAUCCCUAUCUAACAGUCAAUGAUAAUCACUUAUAUAAGUAAAAGGUUGAACUUUACAAACAACUGGCUUUGACUCUAAAAUGCAAAGGAUUGGACAGUCAUUUAAAGCUUGUCAUAGACAUGUGCAGUUAUUAUUAAGAUUAUAAUGUAAUUUUACAUUUACACAUACUCACAAACCAGGAAUAUUUUGUGUCUAGGACUGUGGUAUGAAACAGUGUCCAACAACUGACUUUACGCUUCAAAGCUCCACCAUCACUUAUGUGUAUCUGCAAUCAGCCGGUAGGAAGUAAGUGUUUGUUUUCAACUGAAACCGUGUGUUUACUUUAAGCGCUACAGUAUCUGCUGCCCCCAUUUCUAAGGAAAAUCACAUAUUUUGACUCAGUUAAUCAUUAUUUAGCUUCAGUUCAAAGUUCUGAUGCUCACUAUUUAUUUAAGACUGGGAGUCAAAACAGCACUAUGUCAAAUGAUGAGUGGUGUGAAAUGUGGAAAAGGUGGUGCCCAUUUUAAGACAUGUCCACGUUGCUUUUUUACCAAAAAUUCAACUAAUACUUAAUCAGUAGGUCACAUACUGACACUUGAAUUACAGCGAACAGAAUCAAAUUUUUCCUCUAAUUUCAUUAUUUGAUCCUUUGGUAUUUUUAUGCAUAUUAAUUCGACAAACUUGAUGUAAAUUUUACUGUAAUUUCAUGACAAUGCAUCGAAGUAGAAACAUUGGAAAUGUAGUUAUUUUGAUUUUAAAAUAUUUGUAGGUUUCAGUAUCUUUUAAUCUAGGUCAGAAUUUGCAUUAAUGACAAUCAUGGGGAUUUUAAAGCGAUGUAAAGAGUUAGGACCAUUUAACUUCAUCAUGUUUACUGCACCACCUUGAGAAAAAUUUCACAAAACCUUCAUGAAUUAUCGAAUGAUCGGUUUCGGUAAUAAUUAGCAGCCACCAUAAAUUGACUAAAUGCACCAUCUUCACAACUGACAAGUAAAGCUUGAUCAAAGUGGGUUUGGAAUCACAUGAGUGCUCUGUCUGUCUGGGUUUGGUUUCUUAUUUCAGAGGGGCCAUACACUCUCACAUCAUUGCAAAGAAAUGUGAGUGAUUACCACUGAGCUCAGUUGAAUAGCGGAAACAGGCCGAACAGUUUGAGUCUCGAAUGUAUGCAGAUGUAUUUUAGCUGGCAAAACCUCAGAAGUCGAGAUGAAUCCACUUUUCAGAUGUGAUGCUUUUUACGACUGUGUAUGCAAGUGUAAAUGUCAUGUGUAUAUAUGUUGUAUGUGAGAGAUUUACAGGAAGACAACACGCUCUUUCAAGAAAAAAGAAGCAUACAGUAUUAUUUUUUUGAGAGAUAUAUUUUAGAUUCUGUAAGUAAUCUACCCAACUGAGUCAAAGACUGAAUAAACAAUAAACUAACA